AACAAUAUGGCCACCCACACAUCCCUUGUUGACUGGAUGUUAGCUAGCUAGCUAAAGGGUGUUAAAUAAUGACAUAAAAUUAUUCGAUCGGAUUUGUAUCAAUCCCAGAUCACAAAUAUGUAUUGUACACACAAAGCGUUUGCAAAGCUAGUUUAGUGGCUAACGAUAUUGAACGUGUAGAUGGGUAACCAACCCGCUAGCUAACAAUUAGCUAGCUAUGCUAGCUUGAGAACAACCAUAAACAUUCCAGCAAGACUAGCUAGCUAAGUAAUUUAAAGAUACAUUUAUUGUGGGAAGAUGUUGGGUUUUCUAACAGCAAGACAGGCUGGACUUGACGACCCACUUCGUCUGAGACGGGCAGAGUCAACACGGAGGGUCCUCAAUUUAGAGCUGAAUCAUGACAGAGAUGUGGCUCGAAUCCAUAGCAACGGCAUAAACACCAUAGACAUUGAAGUCAUUGAGGGCAGAUACAUGCUAUCUGGAGGAGCAGAUGGUGUGAUUGUGGUGUAUGACCUGGAGAACAACAGCAGGAAACCCCAGUACACCUGUAAAGCAGUCUGCACUGUAGGCAGGUCCAGUCGGUAUGUCCACAGGUUCAGUGUAGAGACAGUGCAGUGGUACCCGCACGACACAGGCAUGUUUGUCUCCAGCUCCUUUGACAAAACCAUGAAGAUCUGGGACACUGAAACACUAAAGCCCGCUGAAGUGUUCCAGUUUGAAGGAAACGUCUACAGUCACCACAUGUCCCCCAUUGCCAUGAAACACAGCCUCAUCGCAGUGGGUACCAAAGACCAGAAAGUACAGCUCUGUGACCUGAAGUCUGGCUCACGCAUCCAGGUUCUGCAGGGUCACAGAGGUGAGGUCCUAUCUGUCCGGUGGUCGCCAAGAUAUGAGCACAUUUUAGCUACAGCCAGUACUGACAGCAGGGUGUUGGUAUGGGAUGUGCGUCGGGCCUCAGGGAGUCUGUUCUCUCUGGACCAACACAACGGGGACAAGUCCAAGACCUCGUCAGACGCAGUGAACACAGCCCAUAAUGGAAGGGUAAAUGGCCUCUGCUUCACGGUGGACGGCCUCUACCUUCUCACCAUGGGAACAGACGACCGCAUGAGACUGUGGAACAGCGCCAAUGGAAAGAACACACUGGUGAACUAUGGGAAGGUGAGUAACGAAAGCCGUAAGGGGUUAAAGAUCACGGUGUCUCGUGGCUGCAGCCCGGAAUUUGUGUUUGUACCUUGUGGCAGCUCGGUGGCUGUGUACGCUCUACACACCGGGGAACUUGUGACCAUGCUGAGGGGACACUACAACAACGUGGACUGCUGCCAGUUCCACCCCGACUACCAGGAGCUGUACAGCGGAGGUAAAGACUGUAACAUCCUAGCCUGGGUUCCUGUUCUACGACCCCCAGACAUGGAAGGAGAAGGGACAGCCGCCAAGGGUGGGAGCCAGGUUAUGGUGAACCCUGCUUUUGAAGACGCAUGGAGCAGUGAUGAGGACUGAUGCAUAAACACAACCACCUGUACAGCCCUACUCCAUCGGACAUAGUGUAUAUUUCCAUUUUGUAUAAAAAGCUAAGUGUACGAAACAUUAGGAACACUUUCCUAAUAUUGAGUUGCACCACCUUUUGCCCUCAGAACAGCCUAAAUUCGUCGG